AUGGGUUCUCUAACUCCACUUCUUUCUCUUCUGAUCCCUCUUCUUGUAACUUCUUGUGUAAGUGUAACUUACUUGGAACCUUUCAAAUGCUCCUCUAAGAUCAACACAUGCAAUGCCUCACUCUACCACAUAAGCUACAAUCACAACACAGAUGACAUAGCCAACUUUUACUCCGUUAGUCCCUCCCAAAUCAAACCUGUAAUGCGUGGCACAAAGCAAGAUUACCUAAUAACAGUGCCUUGUUCUUGCAAUACCAAUGGCCUUGGCGGAUAUUUCUAUGAUACGACCUACAAGGUGAAGCCUAAUGACUCGUUUGUGGAGAUUAACAACAUCGAUUACAGUGGCCAAGCUUGGCCUAUUAAUACAGAAGUGGACCCAAAUGAAAACUUAGCAAUAAAUCUUCCUUGUGGGUGUUCAGAAAAAAGUGACUCCCAAAUUGUUGUCACGUAUACAGUUCAGCGUAAUGAUACUCCCACAUCAAUAGCUUCUCUGCUAAAUGCUACGUUUGAUGGCAUGGUGAGUAUGAACGAAGUUCUGGCUGAGAACCCCUCAUUCAUAGAUGUUAAUUGGGUGCUAUACGUUCCAAGGGAACUGAAUGGGUUGCCUUCCGAAGGAAAAGACAAGAAACACAAUAUAAUCAUUGGCAUAUUAUCGGGUGUGACAUUCUUUUCAGUGAUUACUUUGAUCAUUCUCGUUGUCGUUCUUAGGAGAUCCAGGGCCAACGUUGCCUCCAAAAGUGAUCCAAAUAUUUUGUCUAAAAGAUCAAUUGGACAUAGAACUAUUUCCAUAAAGAACCGAGACUUUCUUACAGAACAUAUAGAAGAUGCAACUCCAUUUGAUUCAGAAAGACCAGUAAUUUAUAAUCUAGAGGAGAUUGAAGAUGCUACGAAUAACUUUGAUGAAACACGAAGGAUUGGAGUCGGAGGAUACGGGAGUGUGUAUUUUGGAAUGUUAGAGGAGAAGGAGGUUGCUGUAAAGAAGAUGAGGUCUAAUAAAUCCAAAGAAUUCUAUGCAGAACUCAAGGCCUUGUGUAAGAUCCAUCACAUUAACAUUGUGGAGUUGUUGGGAUAUGCUAGCGGAGAUGACCACCUUUAUUUGGUGUAUGAGUAUGUUCCAAAUGGAUCUCUAAGUGAACACCUUCAUGAUCCAUUACUGAAAGGUCACCAGCCUCUUUCUUGGUGUGCUAGGAUUCAAAUUGCAUUGGAUGCAGCAAAAGGUCUUGAAUACAUACAUGAUUACACGAAAGCACGAUAUGUGCAUCGUGAUAUAAAGACUAGUAAUAUUCUUCUUGAUGAGAGGCUCAGAGCAAAGGUAGCAGAUUUUGGACUUGCAAAACUAGUAGAACGAACCAAUGAUGAAGAAUUCAUAGCAACAAGGCUUGUUGGAACACCAGGCUACCUUCCACCAGAAUCUGUGAAGGAGCUUCAAGUGACUAUAAAAACGGAUGUAUUUGCAUUUGGGGUGGUUCUGUCAGAGUUAAUAACAGGGAAACGUGCACUAUUCCGUGACAACCAAGAAGCCAACCAUAUGAAAUCACUUGUUACAGUUGUUAGCCAAAUCUUCAAAAAUAAAUACCCAGAGACUGUUUUAGAAGAUGCUAUAGAUGGGAAUCUUCAACAUAGCUAUCCCAUGGAAGAUGUCUACAAGAUGGCAGAAGUAGCUCAUUGGUGUUUGUUCGAAGAUCCAAACGACAGGCCUGAGAUGAGGGAGAUCGUUGUUGCAUUGUCUCAGAUUGUUAUGUCUUCCACAGAAUGGGAAGCAUCUCUAGGUGGAGACAGCCAAGUCUUCAGUGGGGUACUUGAUGGAAGAUGA